UACUACUACUACUACUACUACUCCUACAGGCAACAACACUCUCAGCAUAACCCAUUUUCACAGAGUAGGUGAAAAGCAAAAACCCCUCAUCAGCCCCAAAUUUCAACUACUAUUGCUUUUGUCAUUUCUUUCUCCACCUAAUCUAUACCCAAAAUUUUUUCAUUUUUUUUUUUUACUUUCUCUUCUUCCUUCUGGGAAAAGCAAAACCAGUGAAAUAUAGAGAAUUUAUAAUAUUGUUUUAUAUAUAUAUACAAAAAAAAAAAUUUGAAGUAAAGAGAGAAAGUUUUGUACCUGUUCAGUUUGGUUGUUGGUGAGUCUUUAUCAGGUAUCGAAAUCGCAAACCCUAGAAAAAUAAAAAGUUUAACUUACUUGCUCGCUCGCUCGCUUUCGCUUCAGAUCGCGGCGAUUCUCUCACUCGGCCGAUCUGAUUCAAUGGGGUUGUUCGAUUGCUUCGAAUGCUGAGUGAAGAAUGUAGCUCCGGCGAUAAUCGGCGGCGAAAAUGUCGGCUCCUGUAGCGGCUUUCGAGCGGCCCCGCCCUGGGCUUAACACGGUUUUCAAGAGUGGCCCUCUUUUCAUAUCUUCAAAAGGAAUAGGCUGGAAAUCUUGGAAGAAGCGGUGGUUUAUCCUCACACGCACUUCCCUAGUUUUCUUCAAAAAUGAUCCUAGUGCACUUCCGCAAAGAGGUGGUGAAGUAAAUCUGACUUUGGGAGGCAUUGACUUAAACAAUUCUGGGAGUGUUGUGGUUAGGGAAGAUAAAAAAUUGUUGACUGUAUUGUUUCCAGAUGGGCGUGAUGGGCGAGCCUUUACUCUAAAGGCUGAGACAUCUGAGGAUUUGUACGAGUGGAAGACAGCCCUAGAGCACGCCCUUGCACAAGCACCAAGUGCUGCCCUUAUUGUAAAUGGGAUUUUUCGGGGUGACACUAAUGAUUCAAUUGAUGGGUCCUUCAAUCAAUGGAGGGAUAAGCGUCCGGUUAAAUCCUUGGUUGUUGGAAGACCAAUUUUGCUUGCACUAGAAGAUAUUGAUGGAGGUCCAUCCUUUCUUGAAAAAGCUCUUCGUUUUCUUGAGAAGUACGGAACUAAUGUUGAAGGUAUUUUACGACAGUCUGCAGAUGUUGAGGAGGUAGACCACAGGGUUCAAGAGUAUGAACAAGGUAAGACUGAAUUUGCUCCUGAUGAGGAUGCUCAUGUUGUUGGAGACUGCGUUAAGCAUAUCCUUAGGGAGUUACCCUCUUCUCCAGUUCCAGCAUCGUGCUGCACUGCAUUGCUGGAUGCUUACAAAAUUGAUCGGAAAGAAGUUCGGAUAAAUGCAAUGCGCGCAGCAAUAUUGGAGUCAUUUCCUGAACCAAAUCGGCGCUUAUUACAGAGAAUUCUGAAGAUGAUGCAUACUAUCUCUUGUCAUGCUCAUGAGAACCGGAUGACUCCAUCAGCUGUUGCUGCUUGCAUGGCGCCUUUGCUUCUACGCCCUCUAUUAGCUGGCGAGUGUGAGUUGGAGGAUGACUUUGAUAUUAAUGGUGAUAGUUCAGCCCAACUUCUUGCUGCUGCAAAUGCUGCUAAUAAUGCUCAAGCAAUUAUUACAACUCUCUUGGAGGAGUAUGAUAAUAUUUUUGAUGAAGAAAAUCUUAACAGAUGCUCCAUUUCAGCUGAUUCUCGGAUUGAAAACAGUGGGACCGAAGAUUCAACUGAUGAUGAAAAUCUAGAUAUGAAAGACAAUGGAUACCAUGAUGCAGAAAAUGAAGUUGAUCCAGAAACAGAUGAUGAUCCGGAACGUGUGCACAGUGGAAAGUUGAGUGAAAGUAGUGGUUCUGCUGGGAGUGAUCUUUAUGAUUAUAAGGCCUUUGGGGGUGAUGAUUCAGAUGUUGGAUCCCCUAGUAAAAAGAAUCAUGCUUUGGCUGAGAGUUCAAAUUUAUGUGUUGAUCAUCAACAGAUAAGGGAUCCUAAUGGUCAACUGUCCGAGGAACAAGGCAAGCAGAAGAAUGUAAGUGAUAACUCCAUUAAUGAAAUCAACACUCCAAGUGUCUCACCUGCUGGCGAGUCUUACCGAUCAAUGGGGGAGAUCCUGUCCGCAAUGGAUACAGCACAUCCUUUGCCCAUGCCUGCUUUUGAAUCAGGUGCUGGAAAGCCAGUGGGUAAAGUUACAGGGUCCAAUGUUAAUGCAAAGCGAGCAACAUUCUGGGGACGGAACAAUGCCAGAAAGACACCCUCAAUGGAAUCAGUUGAUUCUUCUGGAGAAGAAGAGCUUACUAUUCAGAGGCUUGAGAUUGCCAAAAAUGACUUGCAACACAGAAUUGCAAAGGAGGCUAGAGGAAACGCAAUUUUACAAGCAAGCUUGGAGAGAAGAAAGCAGGCUUUGCAUGAGCGGCGCCUGGCACUUGAACAAGAUGUUUCAAGAUUGCAAGAGCAGUUGCAAGCUGAAAGAGACCUUAGAGCUGCACUUGAAGUUGGUUUGAGCAUGUCUUCUGGACAAUUUUCCAGUUCACGUGGCAUGGAUUCUAAGGUUUGUAUAGAUCUUAAGACAAGGGCUGAGCUAGAGGAGAUUGCACUUGCUGAAGCAGAUGUGGCCAGGUUGAAGCAGAAAGUUGCAGAACUCCACCAUCAACUUAAUCAACAGAGACAGCAUCACUAUGGUUCCCUCUCUGAUGCAUGUGACCGUUAUCAAAAUGUCCAAAACCAUAAUUCUCAACAGAGAUUUCUUCAGCAAGAUUUUGAUACAACCCUUGCUUAUUGUAAUCAAGAAAGGAAACAGAGGACCGAGAAUGUACAUCUUCAAUUGGCCAUAUUGCCACAGGAGAGUUUGUUGGGCACAGACUGGAGAAGUAUUAAAGGACAAGCGUUAGCACCUGGCAGCAGUAUCAAGCAGCCUUCUCGAAAGCAAUUUAUAGAUUCAACAAGCCUGAGUGAUUCUAAAAGUACAGAGGCUUCGACAAGUAUGUCUAUGGAUGAGCUAUGUGCUGUUGAUUCUGCCUCCGUGCCCUCCACUUCCAGAGCAGCAGAGGUGAUAGAGUAUCCAAGACAUCCAUCUGCAGCAUCGUCUACAUUAGUAGAAUUAACAUCUCGUCUUGAUUUCUUCAAGGAAAGGCGUUCUCAGCUUAUGGAACAGCUCCACAACCUUGAUUUGAACUAUGGCACAACGUCUUCUCAAGACUUUGUCUAUAGACCGUCAUCCCCACCAUGGAAUUGACUGACUGGAGAUGAUGCUUCAUUGAAUGUGUUGGGAAGAAGUUUGCCUGACUUCUUGAUGUUGUAUAUCCUUUGACGCCAUUGCGUAUAUCUGUAGCCUCUGUAAUCCAAUGUAGUUUGUUUAAUAUUAUUCUCUUUUUCAUAUUUAAAGUUUCCUUUUUCCCCUUCUCCACAUUUGUGAGAGAAUGUGAUUGGAUUUUGGAUGAGAAAGUCUUUUUCCUUUUGUUCCUUGGGUUCUUUAUUUUAUGUUGGUUUUUGGUUAUAAACAAUGUAAGUAGGGUAAGUAUUUUAUCUUGUUAAUAGUAGGUGGUGGAUGUAUGUUAUUGAACAAACAUAUUUAUAGUGAACAAUAGUUUUCCUGUUUGAGAAAUUUUUACAUAAACGUGCAUUGCUGAAUCACUAUUAUGUAACAGACCUUCAAGGCAAUUUUAAUUA